CACCUCAUGUAGUCCACCAAAUUUGAAAGUCAAGACCUUUGCCUCUUCACAUUUUCCCGGGAAAUAAACUCCCUGGCCUCCCGACCAACACUUCACACUCAGUUCACAACUGAAAAAAAAAAAAACCCAAAUCCACAAAGAUGACCAAACUACCCUCACCCUUCCCACCCCUCCCAGCCCCCUUCCUCUACUUCCUCCUCACUCUCAUGCCCUUUCUUGUAAUUUCGCAACCCCCAGCAGGCCAAACCCAAACAAUCCUCCUCACCAUCAAACGGCAGCUGGGAAACCCGCCGCAGCUCUCCUCGUGGAGCACCUCGUUGCCACCGUGUUCGUGGCCGGAAAUCACCUGCACCGGUGGCGCGGUCACGGGGCUCAACCUCACAAACUACGACAUCACAGAACCAAUCCCACCGUCCAUUUGCGACCUGAAAAACCUAACCGUGCUCGACCUUUCCUACAAUUACUUCCAAAGGAAUUUCCCCACAGUUCUCUACAACUGCUCAAACCUCCAGUACCUAGACCUCUCCCAAAACAACUUCGUGGGCCCCAUCCCGUACGACGUCGACCGCCUCUCCUCUUCCCUCCGGUACAUCGACGUCAGCACCAACAACUUCUCUGGCAACAUCCCGCCAGCGAUCGGCCGGCUGCCGGAGCUGCAGUUCUUGAAGUUGUACUAUAACCUGUUCAACGGCAGUUUUCCGGCUGAAAUCGGAAACCUGUCGAAUUUAGAGGAUCUGAGCAUGGCUUACAAUCCCCUGUUUCCGGCGAAAAUUCCGCCGGAGUUUGGAAAACUUAAGAAACUGACUUUCUUGUGGAUCACCUUCGCGAAUUUGAUCGGCGAAAUACCUGCAAAUUUUUCGGGCUUGUCGAGCCUUGAGCACUUGGAUUUAUCUUCUAAUGAUUUAGAGGGUCCAAUUCCAAAAGCUCUGUUUCAACUGAAAAACUUGAGUGUUGUUUAUUUGUAUAAAAAUCGAUUAUCAGGUGGAAUUCCGACCCCUAUCGAAUCAUUGAACUUGACCCAGAUCGAUUUAUCGGCUAACAAUUUGAGUGGCUCAAUCCCAGAGGAUUGUGGGAAGUUACAGCAGUUGGACCUCUUGAAUCUAUAUUUCAAUCAAUUUUCCGGCGAAAUUCCGGCGAGCAUCGGAUUACUUCCGGCACUAAAGAACUUUCGGGUUUUCUCGAAUCAGUUGAAUGGCACCUUACCACCUGAAAUGGGCCUUCAUUCCGAUCUUGAAGCUUUUGAAGUCUCUGAUAAUCUGUUCACCGGCGCCUCGCCGGAGAACUUGUGUUUUCGCCAGAGACUGACCGGAGUUGUGGCUUUUUCGAACAAUCUCGCCGGAGAAGUGCCUGAAUCGUUGGCGAAUUGCGUUUCUGUGCGAACGAUUCAGCUCUACGACAACAACUUUACCGGCGAGAUUCCGGCGGGUAUCUACAGGUUGUUCAACUUGUUAAGUUUGAUGAUAAGUAACAAUUCCUUUACGGGUAAUCUUCCGAGUGAAUUGGCUUGGAAUUUAUCGAGAUUGGAGAUCAGUGAUAACAAGUUUUCGGGUCAGAUUCCAAGUGCGGUUUCCUCUUGGGUGAGAUUAGUUGUGUUCAUGGCAAGUAACAAUCGGCUUUCCGGCGAAAUUCCGGUGGGUUUGACUAAUCUGCCGCAGCUGACUACUUUGAACCUAGAUGGGAAUUCAUUAACCGGAAAUUUUCCCACGACGAUUUUGUCAUGGGAAAAUCUCAACGCUUUGAAUCUUUCGAGGAACCGACUCUCCGGUCAGAUUCCGGCAGUGAUCGGAACUUUGACAGACCUUUUGAAGCUCGACUUGUCGGAAAACCAAUUUUCCGGUCAGAUUCCGGCAGAGUUAGGCCAGUUGAGGUUGGCCACUUUGAACUUGUCAUCCAACCAACUUUCUGGCCAAAUCCCAAGUGCAUUUGAUAACUUGGCUUAUGACACCAGUUUUUUGAACAAUCCCAAUCUUUGUGUCACUACCCCUAUUCCAAAUGUCCGAUUUUGUUCAUCCAAAAUCCGAAAAUCGGACGAUUUGUCCCCCAAGAUUCUCGUGUUGAUUCUGGUUUUCGCGGUACUUCUGUUCUUCUUCACCACUCUAUUGACCUUUUUCAUGGUUAGAGACUGCCGGAGGAAGAAGCUCAAGCAAAACCUCGCUGCGUGAAGUUGAGCAAUAUAUUGUUGGAUUCCGAGUUCAAGGCAAGGAUGGCUGAUUUUGGCCUUGCCAAGAUUCUGGCCAAGCGCGACAAGCUUAACACCAUGUCUGCUGUCGCUGGAUCGUUUGGAUACAUGGCUCCAGGUAAGAGGGCUUGCGUUAUCUGCUAUAUUCGUGGUUCAUUCUGUAGUUUAUCUUGCGUCUAUUAUUUCCCUAUUAAAUGCGAAAAAAUGGGUAUUGACUAAA